AUGGUACUCCAGGAAGACCAGGAGAACCAGGAGUUCAGGUAUGGACUAACAGUCGUGAUAUAUGGCCCGCCAGGACCCAGAGGUCAAAAAGGAGAAGUUGGACCUGCCGGAGAGAAAGGAGACAAGGGCUGGACUGGUAGACCUGGAUUACAGGGACCCCAGGGUCCACAGGGUGACAAGGGUCCCCCCGGAACAGACGGAGUGGACGGCCCUCCUGGACUUAGAGGACCCCCAGGAGCCUCAGGGGACCCAGGCGCCCCAGGCAGAAAUGGCUCCACGGGUGAGCCUGGAAACAAAGGACCUGACGGAGAUCCCGGUAACGCAGGACCACAGGGCCCUGAUGGAUACAAAGGACCUCCUGGACCACCCGGACCUCCUGGACCCCCGGGUGAGCCUGGCAUGUCUGAGAUUGCUGGUUAUUUGACCACUGGAAACAUUGAGAAAGGCCCCGGAUUCCGGCUGUACUCAAGCAGUGGAAAGGAAAUGAAAACUCGAGAAAUAAAGCCCGAAGACGUACUAAAAGGUUUAGACGAGAGAAGCCAAGACAUCGAAUCUCUAAUUAGACCUGACGGGACGAAGAAAUUCCCUGCCAAAACGUGUUACGAUCUGUUCCUUGAUCACAAAACCUUUAAGAGUGGUAUGUACUGGAUCGAUCCUAACGGUGGAACAGUAAAGGACGCUAUCUGGGUGUACUGCGAAAAAAACAAGAAGUCGUCAUGUGUUUACCCCAAGUACUCACGGAUCUCCGACCUUGCACUCAAAGGAGAUUAUCAGGACAUAGAAGACAAGUGGCUGAGUGAAGCGUUCGAGAAAGGAAAGGAGAUUGAAUACGAUGCCCACUACACGCAGCUUAAUUUCCUGAAGACGUUUAGCAAUUUCGCCAAUCAGAACAUCACAUACGCCUGCCGUAACUCCAUGGCCUGGGAAGAAGGACAGCACUCCAUCAAACUCAAGGGCUCCAACGAAAUGGAAUAUCAUGCCACCUCCAAGAACUCCCUCAGGCCUAAAGUCAUCGCUAAUGGCUGCAUCAACAGCGACAGUUCGAAUAAAUGGGAAAAGACAGUUCUAGAGAUCGACACAAGAGAGAAGAGCCGACUACCGAUCGUGGAUAUUUCUGCUUAUGACAUCGGUGGAAAAGACCAGGACUUUAAGAUUGAAAUUGGACCCGCCUGCUUCCAUUACCUGUAGGGUUCCCACCCCACCCCCGGUCCGGCAUAGUAUUACAUUGUCACUUGUAUAUUGUGUUUUAAUAUUAAGUCGUGUGUUGACAAUGGCAGUCGACUGGAACUUAAGGGUUUUACUUUAGAUAGACUAACUACAUCAGGCCUACUAUGGCACCACCUUUUGACCAAUUACAAUUUUUCCUUCAAGGUUAAUAAAAGUUUGUCCAUUUUAGUUGUUGUUUGGCGUUUAUUGAGUUUGUUUGCUAUGCCAUUUUCGUUAUUUUGCUAUAUAUUUCUGUGUUGUUAGGAUUGAAUGUACUUCUUUAUAAAUAAAGAUAUAAUAGAAGUUACAGUAUAGUAGGAAUUGUUUUCGCCAAAAAAGACAGUUACCUGAUGCGAUCAUGUUUUAGUCGUUAGGAGAAAUGUUAAAUUAAGACAAAUCGUCGAAUUAACUUCAAGCUAUGAAAAUAAAAAUGUGUAAUGACUAAACAAUAAAACAAAUUGAUGACCAUA